GUGGGCCAAGAACCCCAACUGGAAGCGUAAUACCAAAGUCGCUGCUUUGGUGAUGGUCGCUCUGUGCAUUCCUGUCUUUAUGACCUCGAAAAAUAUGGAGAGAAGACCUCUGGCUCCAUUUAGACACAUUCCUAGUCAAUAUUGGUGUAAACAUGCAAAGGAAGACGACCCUAGACUUGAGUAAACGCGUAAUGUAUUCUUUUAA